AAUAUCUUAUAUGAUGUUGGGGAGAACCCACCACGGACGUCUCAUUCGAUCGCAGACAGUGAAAGUGAGCAAACGUCGUAGAAGAGUUUCGCGCUGGGCGCACACCCCCGUUUUUCCACGUUCAUCCAACAGCCGUGAGACUACCCGUCCAGUGCACGGGGUCGUGCGAAACCUGUAGCGGUCAGCUGUCUUAAUCCCCACGCCAAACGUACGAGCCACCGAACCACGCGAACCGUUUCCCGUGGCACUGCCGUGGCCACCAACUUUCAUUCACACUCACUUCACCAAGUGAGGCUCUGCAGAUUUGAUGCAUUGUUUCUUAAACACCCACCAAAACGAUGUUGAGCUUUCUAGCUUCAUCAUUAUUAGCUAUAAGCAUCAUCUGCUCGGUUGAUCCCGGCCUGGCAGGUCCCCUGGAUGCGCUCAACUGGGCCCGGAUGGACAACAUCAACCUUCCCUGGUUACCGUAUGAGAAUAUGACACGAUGUUACGGGGAUUUGGGCUGCCUGAACAUCACCAAGGAAUGGUACCAUCUGAUCUUCCGGCCGUUUAAUGUGUUUCCACUGCCGCGGAGCGUCAUCAACACGCGCUUCAUCUUGUACACCGAAAAGAACCCAACUGAUGGCCAGCUGCUGCAGGCGGAAACGAAAGACACCAUCAUGAAGUCACACUUCAAUCCGGACUGGGCGACCAAAUUCAUCAUUCACGGGUUCAUCGACACACCGCUCUCGAACUGGGUGUCUGAGAUGCGGGACGAGCUCAUCACUCGUGGAGGGCUGAACGUGAUAGUGGUGGACUGGGCCGGUGGAUCGCUGCCUCUCUACACACAGGCCACGGCCAACACGCGCCUAGUCGGACUGGAAAUUGCCUAUCUCAUCCGGAAGCUGCAAGAGUACCGAGGAUUGCAGCCGGAAGACGUCCAUCUGAUCGGCCAUUCCCUGGGAGCACACACGGCAGCGUAUGCCGGCGAACGUAUACCGGGGCUGGGCCGCAUCACAGGGCUCGAUCCGGCUGAACCGUACUUCCAGGGUAUGGGACCGAUUGUGCGGCUUGAUCCUAGCGAUGCGACGCUUGUUGACGUCAUCCACACCGAUGGACGCAGUGUAUUUCGGCUGGAGAUUCCCGGCUACGGCAUGUCGCACGCCUGUGGCCAUCUCGAUUUCUAUCCGAACAACGGCAAGGAACAGCCGGGCUGUGCGCUGUCGCAGGAAGGUGCCGCUACCAUUCCACUGACACUGAUCAAGGAUGGCAUUGAGGAGGCCUCGCGAGUUCUGCUUGCCUGUAACCAUAUCCGCGCGAUCAAACUGUUUAUCGACAGCAUCAACGGGAAGUGUCCGUAUGUCGCUCAUCGCUGUCCGUCCUACCAGCAUUUCCUCAGCGGCAACUGCUUCAAGUGCACGUCGGGUAACUGCGCACUGAUGGGCUAUCAUGCUUCGCUGCCCAUCACUACCACCCGCCAGAACGUGUCCGAGAACGAUGUCAUCAGCGGUUCCUCCAGUGUGCCGGUAGCCCCCCAACCGGGGAAAUAUUUCCUUGCCACGGGACGCGAUUUCCCAUUCUGCCAGCGCCAUUAUCGCUUUACGGUCGAGCUGGCCAAACCGAAGGUUGCUGAGCCAUGGGUGCAGGGCCAUCUAACGGCCGGUAUCUUCUCCGAGCGAGGCGCAUUGCGGAACAUCGAUCUGACGCCAAAAGGAACGGCGCGAUUGGAGCACGGCACGACCUACCAGGUGGUGGUCACCAACCCUCAUGACCUUGGCGAUCGCAUACGCAAGGUUGAGCUAGCCUGGACACACGACAUGAACGUGCUGGAGCCGACCACCCUGUGUCUGUUCUGGUGCAACAGCCAUCUGUAUGUGAAGUCGAUACAGGUCGAAACGAUGCAGAUGCCUUCACGAGAGAAACGGAACAUCGAAUACCCGAACAAACUGUGUGCUCCGAAACGCGAGUACGCCGACAUUGCCAGCCGCGGUUCCUAUUCGUUCUACGACAACUGUAAGCGGUAAGGGUCGCCGAAGUCUCACCGCCACAGUCUCACGCCCAGCUCAGCCAGAUUUCAACUCAACUCAGCACCACGCCAUCACGAGGACUCACGCGGCAAAUCACGCCAUAGGUGAUUUAACAAGCAUUGCUGUUCGCGUGGUUAGCCACCCGCCGUGCCUUCUAGCGUAUAGCGUAACCCACCUGCGUCUGUUGUAGUUUAUUUCCGCUAACCUCUCUCCGCCACGACUACGAGACCACCACGAGGCCACGACACACAUUUUGCUCGCCCAGUGCGUGAGAGCCUUUUUUGCGGUGGACCCCUGCGCUUCACCGUGUGUCGUUCCCUUAAAUCAUUUCUGUGAAAUAUUCGACACUGCCCUCCAUGUAUCUGCUAUUAGUUGGACCUCUUGGAUGGUCGUGAGUGUGUCUAGUGUACGUCCAGUUUAUCUCGUCUAGCGAUUAACAUAACCCGGUGUACUGAAGAUUUUAACCUCCGCGGAACACAACGGCCGAAGAGAGUGCCCGCGUUUUGGAGUUCUUUUGCUCGAUUGGAUAGAUAUUGGAAGAAUUUUGCAUUGGUAGAGGUAAGCCAAAGUGAUAUAACAUUCCCGACGAGUAGGUGAAAUUUGAAGUAGGACAAAACCGAAAGCGACACCUUUACUGGACCGCAUGGGCCGGCUGGCCAUCGUGUCACACGCGUGGGCUACCCAGGCCAAACGCCUGCAGUUUGUAUAUUCACUUUCUCUACCCUUCGGGAGCCAUAUAUGUGUAAUGCUUUUUUGUUUGUUUUGAAUUUGUUCAAAUGCAAUACGCGUAGCAAUCUAGACUAAGUAAGAAGCGAACGGAUCGGAACGGACGCCUGUGAAAGAAGACGGUUAUAUUAGAGACUAAGUUGUGGUGUGUGUCGUCCCGUCCACGUACGAGGGGAAGGGAAGGGGACGACACACCUUCCCUGCGUUUACUUAAUUACAUUGAAAACUGAAAACAUUAUUGUGAUACCUAUAUGAAAAGAAUGACUGUAAAUUAUGAAAUAAAACGAUACAUUUAUUUCGUGUA